AUGGCCUGUGAAUUUAAUCUAAACUUCCUUAAAGAAUUGGAGCGAGAGGCUGUUCUAGAAGUCCUGUACCGUGACCAGAUGGUGAGAAAAACAGAGGAAGAAAGAGUAAGGAAAUUGAAAAUGCAGCUGCAGCAGCUUCGAUGGAAAGGGGCAAGAAAUGUAAGCCAUGAAUACCAGGAGAGAUCUUGUGCCCGAUGUCAGAAAUCCCUUGGGUUGUUGAUGAACAGAGGUGCAGUAUGCAACGGGUGUAGUCAUCGAGUGUGCUCUGAAUGCCGUGUCUGCCUGAACCCCUGCAUUUGGAAAUGCACUGUUUGUUAUGCUCAUGGAGAUGUGAAAGUAAAGGCUGGUGAAUGGUUUUUUGAGGAAAGAGCAAAGAAAUAUCCAGAUGAAGGCAGACAUGAAACAGCUGGUGCAAAGCUCUUGAAAUCUUAUCAGAAACUGAGUAAAAUUUCUGUUGUACCUCCAACUCCACCUCCUUUCACUGAAUGCUCUGCAGGAAGUAACGCGAAGGAUCUCAGUCAGUCCAAAAGUUUUAAUAAAUCUGUGGAAAACUUGUUCUUGUCUCUCACAACGCGUAUAAAAAAAAUCUCUAAGUCCCAGAAUGAUAUGGCUGACAGAAGUCUCCUAACAACAGAUUAUGGGCAGAAUGCGGAAAGAAGGAAGCAAAGGAGGAGCCAGUCUGACACUGCCAUCAACAUUACAAGCAGGAUGAAAAGUACACCCAGUCUUCAACAGCUCAUCACUGGGGCCCAAAAUGAUAAUGAAAUCCUUACCAAAAGGAGUUGCAAGCAAGAAGACGACAUAACAACCAGUCCCACAAGUGAUGCAGUUUUCUGUGAUGGCAGGAAGCAUGGGAGUUUGUAUAGUCUUAACAGCACUUGCACUGAAUCUGGCAACUUUGGCAAAGCUGACAUCACAGGAGAAAUAGAGUUUGCCAUAAGAUACAUCUUCAAGGCUCGCAUCUUAGAAAUUUGCAUCAAGGGGUGCAAGAAUCUGGCUUAUGGAGAAGAGAAGAAGAAAAAAUGUAAUCCCUAUGUCAAGAUUUAUUUACUUCCUGAUAAAUCGCCUCGGAGUAAGCGGAAGACAGCUGUCAGAAAGAACACAGUGGAUCCAGAAUUUGAUGAGACUUUGAAGUACAAGAUUGAAUACUCCCAGCUGGGAAGUCGGCAGCUUCAGAUCUCUGUGUGGCACGCAGGAGCUCUAAAGUACAGGGUGUUUUUGGGGGAAGUGGUGAUUCCAUUGGCCACGUGGAAUUUUGAAGAUAACUCGAUGGAGUCAUUCAACUGGUACCAGCUAAAAUCCAAGCUUGAAAAGCCUGAACAUAGUCUUAGCCAGUACAGUGGAGAACUCCUGGUGUCUGCAAGACUGUCGGUACCAGCCCAGUAUAAAAAUUUCCAGUUUGAAAGAUGGAUGAGAGAAGGAAAAAAAGACCAAGGAGUUCCCAACUGCCAGCUUCAGGUUAUGAUAUUUGGGGCCAAGAACUUGCCUGUGCUGAGACCUGCUGGAAUGCUGAACUCUUUCGUUAAAGGCUGCCUUAUCCUUCCAGACCAAGCAGAGUUAAAGCAAAAGUCACCUGUCCUGAAGAAAGAAGACUGUCCUCAGUGGAAACAUUUGUUUGUCUUUGAUGAUGUUACCCCAGCACAGCUACAGCAGUCAUGUCUGCAUUUGACCGUCUGGGACCAGUCAACUUUUGGCUCACAGGAUCAGUUCCUAGGGGGAGCCAAGCUUGGUGCAAAGGAAUCGCUUGGACCUGCAGACCCUGUUUCUCAGUCAGUGCUUCAAUGGCAGGAAGUGCUCGGCAGGCCAAACACGUGGAUGGACUUUACACUUGUACUGCAUUCAAACAUGGAAAACUUUAAAUCGUGAGAAAUUACUGCACAACAACUUUUCCUUCCCCAUGUGUGAUGCUUUAAAUUCAAGUGCCAUAUACACAUGCCAGGUCUGGGGAAAAGGUGCACUACAACAGUACCUACCCCAGCAUCUAGGGAGUAGUUAUACAUACAUUUGAAAGGGUGUGACACGGAAGGUUGUAUUUCUCCAAAAACUAAGGCUUUGUUAUCUGUACCUCUAGGUGGGAUGUAAGGUUAGUAUUGUUUCUUCAGGACUAACAAACUUUGAAACGGAUUAUGCUGGCAAGGCCCUAGCAGACAGAUGGUAUGCAGCUUCCUGUGUCUGGGUAUAGAACUGUAGUUACUUGAAGACAGAUUAGAAUACUUCAUAGGGAAAAAUUCCUAUCCUUUAAGUUACAUGAUUUCAUUCUGGUUUUGAUGCUUCAUGUGUGACCAGAGAGGAAUGGAAACUAGAUCACUUUUAACAGUUUGCUGUAAAUUAGUGAUGCUAACACCUCUAUGCUUCAGAAUUACCUCUAGUGCCCGUACUACUUCACAUAACCCUAAAAAACUUCUGCCUUGGUGGCCCACCUCUCUUUCAAAUGUGUGCUGUACUAAGGGGCUUUCAACCAGGUAAAUGUAUAAAUUCUCCUUCAGUAGGGGAGUGCAGGACAUCAGCUAGUAAAAUAAACGUGGUUACAGAAAGUUCCUUGUUCUUCUCAGCUGCUGGUGUGAACCAGUAUUAACAAGCCUGACUGAUCCAUAUGGUGUAUGGCCCAGCUAAGCUUAUCACUUAUUCAUGUGAACUACUGGCAAUGCAAACCUAACGCCAACGUGCCCUGUCAGCUCCCUUUGCCUCAGAUGAAGCAGGGUUACAGGCAGCAGAAGCUUUGUAUAUACAACUGUAACUAGUACUGCCGUUACCUACCUCUUUUCCCUGUGACUGAAGUGAAGAUUCCAGCAUGUGCUAUCCUUUCUUCCUUUCCAGAACAGGAUGGUGGUUAAGGACGCAGAAGUGAGAGACAGGGAUUCAUAUGCUAGCCUCAGAAUCUUAGAAACCAGCACACCUUACACAGCAUCCACCUUACACAAGAAACACUCGACUCCACAUCCUUUGUUACUCUGCAGAUCUUUUAUUUAGAUGUUUGCUGCUGCAAAUAAAAAACCACCACACAACAAAACUCAACUGGAGUAUAAAGCAGCACAGAUGUUGUAAAUGGAAGAGAAGAGCUGACAACAUACUGUAUCUCACUUUCUAACAGAUUUUCAAGGAAAGGGGGAGAUUAGUGGGGAAGGAAUAGUCACAGAAAUGCUCUCUAAUAGAGAGAAUACAACUGUGAUAUAAACAAGCAGUCCCUUCAUGUUUGGAGUCUGAAACUUUAAAUCAAACGUUUAAAAAAUUAGAAAAUUUGUUAGAAAAAUAGGUGCAGUAAAAUUGUAUAUAUUGGAUCAUGUGUACAUAUCAAUUUUCAUCAUUAAGUAAAAAAAGUGAUCUUUACAAAUAAUGCUUUAUAGUAAAUCAGUUGCACUGCAGACUACAGUGUUUAGACUUCUUUACAGAUGCAAGUCUCAUUAAAUCUGAAAAGUAACAAAAUAUACAGAGCAAAACUAUUUCCCUUUUAAACUAGUACAGCAAUCCACGUAUUGCAUAUUUUAUAUAUAUAUAAAUACUACACUAUAACUGAUCAGUAAUGAAGCUGGAAUGCAAACACAGUAGUGUAUUAUUCCAACAGAGUAUCUGCCUAGUUGUUAUGUAAGGAGGGUGUCAGUGUUCCUACGCCACACUUGUGAGCUGUCACUGCAGAAUACCUCCAAUUGAGCACAGUAACCAGAAGAAGCCUUAUUCCCAUGCAAAGUAGUUCUGAGGCGUUGUCAGUUCUUUUGUGUAUCGGGGAAGGUGGGCAUGAAGACGAAGGAAAAAAAAAUAAGGUGCAUGCACAAGCACACACAUAGGUGUUUGCAGUUCCUGAGUUGUCUUCUCAACUGUUGGACUUUACACUGUGACUGUAACACAGAGACAUAUGGCACAAAAUUCAUCCACAGUUGCUUAUUUUUAGACCAAGCUGAAUCCAGCACCUGCACAGGACCUGCAUCUACAACUAGAUGUUUGUAGGUUUGCAGGUUUGUGUUGCUUAAAGAGAGAUGUGACGUAAGCGUAAGGCCUUUUGGCACUAAGCAAAGGCAUGAGCAAGUUACCAGGAUCAGUGGUAUGAUGAAUUUUUAACUAUACCAAAUUUAACACACAGUAUGGAAUAAAGUGGAGAUGCAAACACCUCUGGGUUUAGAGGACAUUUGUUAAAUAUCAUAGUAACCCCUCCUCAGGGAAAACAACAACAAACAAAAACACAGCAUUAAGAUCUGCCUUUCCCACAGUCUUGGUUUCUUGUUAUAAGCAUCAUUACAUUGCCUCAAACUCAUCAAUUCUCUGCUUGGUGUUGCCUUGUCGGAUUUGUCGCAGUGUCUUGUACUUGUCACGUCCCUGUCGCACGUUCUCUGAGUGGAUAAUAUCAUUUUGGGUCCUCUUAUCUUCAUCUCUAGCCUGUGCCAGCUCAUCUGUCAGUGCCUGCAAAAUAAAGAACAUUAAAAACAGAUUAUACCAAGAAGCUUUCAGCUCAUGACAGCAGUGAUUCUGGUGAGACUUAACAGUCUUUAAAUGAGCUUCUGCUUCUCAUAAGUAAAGUUAUCAUGCUUUGUGUAUUUAACCAAGUGGUUAAAUUAUCCAUUCUCCAGGAAUAAUUUCUUCCAUUACUCUCCCUCCUCCAAAACAUUUUCUUACCCUCAAUUGCCUCUGUACACGCUCGUUCUUCUCAGCCUCAGUAAUGCGCUUCUCCUCAUUGCGGUCAUUCCUGAUCCCCUCACUGGACAACUCUGCGCUGUAGGCAGAGUACUCGGACCCUUCAUCGUGCAAGUUAUCGUGGACAUGGUAGUUCACGGUCUCAUAGACAGGUGGGGGUGGAGGUGGAGCAGUCAUUACCAAGUGCAGUUCCUCCUUUGUCUUUACCAGAUCCUCCUGGGCUUCCCUUGCCUAGGGAAAAAAAGUAAAGAAUAUUUUAAUACAUUUCUUGAUUUAAACAAGCUUUAUGAACACUUCAAUGCUAUCUUCCCAGUUUUCUACAAUGUCAUUCUACAAUGUAAAGCAAGAAAUAAGGAAUUAAAGUCUCCAUCUGACAGU